AUGAAAGAAUUGCUGGGCGAAUUGGUAGUUAGCUGCUCUCCUACUGGAUGGAAGUGCAUGGAAGACCUACGCAUUUUUUUGAUCGAGUUUUCCCGGCAGCAACCGUCAGUCAUUGCCCGUUCUUAUGUAUUGCUCUUCCUGUACGCUGACAGCAAAAUUUAUGGCGAAUACAACUUCAUGGAUUGGCUGUCGGCAGCGAUGGUGAUGAACGGAGUUCCUUCCGUAUUGCUCUCGACGCAAGAGGGCGUGCUGUAUUCGUCGCGGUGUAUUGAAACUGUGUACGAGUCGCUCAAAGUCUUUUUGCACAACCGUUCGCGACAGCGUGCGCGAAUUGAAUAUUUAUUGGGUGAGUGGAGCAUACUUCAAGCCGACGCUGCUGCCGUAGACGAAAGAUUUACGACCGAGAUGAACAUACCGAAAGCUGCACAUCCGCGGUACUUUACAGCUUGGACUCUUGAGGAAUCAGUGCAUUUGAUGACCCAAUACGUGGUGUUGGGGCUAGAGCUGGGAUUAUAUGCGCCUUCAGAGUUUGGAACAGCAUACUGGUAUCUGGAUUACUUGGAAGGCUCACGUCUCCAAAAUCUGAAUGUUACAUGGACCUUUGUGGAAAAGAUGGGGAAGAUUAUGCCGCAACGCCCAGCAACCGAGCAGUGUAGACAGAUUGUCGCACCUCCGACACCGCAAGCUGGCGCUGUGGCGAGCAAGUCUUUAAAGAAGUCGAAGACAAAGCACAAGAAGCACCACAACGGCGUCGGUGCAGUAGCCGUCACAGAAUCCUCAGAUUCUACAAGCCGAUCCGUUGACUACACCAGAGCUCGAUUUCUUCGCGAGAUAAAGUAUACGGAAUUGCUGCGCAGUCUGAUGCGAGCCUUCUUCCAGCUAUUCAACGCACUCGAACGCGAAGGGCUUGUGGAGGUCAAGUUGCCCACGUACAGCACCUUCACAAUUCGAUUCCAGCACCGCUUUGCGCCUUUCCGGAAGCUGCAUUACCCUGCUGCACUUACGUACGAGGACUUUAACGAGAACAACGACUUCUCUCUAUACGAGCCGGAUCUCAUCUACAAGUCGGCGGAGGAAUGCUUCAAGACAGCCCGAGCACAUGCUGAGGAGCUGCUGAGGGAUAAAGAAGAAAUCAACACCAUCGCCACUGCAAAUGGCAAGAAACUUGUCCGCGGCUCGGAGCUUCAGACACUGCUCAAGGUGUCUGUAUCGAACUGCGUUCGUCUUGCCCAACGCCGUCCGAAUGCAAGCGGUGGCAAGUCGAAGAAGGCUUCGCAAGGUGUCACGACGCCGAUAGAGUUUGACUUUUCCAUUCACCCGCACUUUCCUGUGGUGGUGUUUCCUGCGUCGUAA